AUGGCCACAUCUCAAACUCUGAAAUCAGCCUUGUCCAACAUUCCUUCAUUGACAAAGGCCUUCGUCACUACCUUGGUCGCCUUGUCAUGUACCAGCUACAUUUACUCUUAUCGUUUGCAACUCACCGCAGAUGACCCUGCUGAGACCAAUGCGUUCCUGGGUUGCCCUUUCAUUGGCAUCCUUCCUGGCUUAGCUCUCUAUAAUCCAUGGACCUUUUUAACGGCUGCUUUCUAUGAAGACAAUGUCUUUGCGUUGAUAGCAAGUGCAUUGAUUCUUUUGCUUUGUGGCAAGUACUUGGAACGAGCAUGGGGUAGCCGGGAACUACUCAAGUAUGUCAUGAUUACCGCAACAUUGUCCAAUGUCAUGACAUGGAUCGGCAUCCUCGUCUCUUUUUAUAUCUCAAGCGACAGCGAUUACUUGUACAAGAUCCAAAUCAAUGGAAUGGCUGGUGUCUUUUCCGCUUUCUUGGUUGCAUUCAAACAUCUUAUUCCUGAACAUCGUAUUGCAUUGUUGGGUAAUGCUGUGACUAUCCGUGUCAAGAACUUGAUUGGUGUAGCUACAGCAGGAAGCAUUAUUUCAUUGAUCCUCUUCCGGGCCAUCGUGUUCUAUAACCUUGUCAAUGUCGGUUGGGUGAUUGGCUGGAUUUAUAUCCGAUUCUUCAAAUACCAAGAUGGUAUUCGUGGUGAUCACAGCGAGGCAUUUGCUCUUGUUACCUUUUUCCCUGAAUUCUUGCAUCCUAUUCUUCGACCUGUCACCAACAUCGUCUAUGGUAUCUUUGUACGUUUGGGAGUUUGUACGCCUGCUUCAAGAAACUAUGCAUAUGAUUUGGAGAGUCAAAGUGGUAUUCGUUCUGUAUCCCCACUUCCUGGUAGUGCACGUGCCGAAGCUGAGCGAAGGAGAGCAUUGGCUUUGAAGGCAUUGGACAUGCGAUUAUCGACUAAGCAACCAUCAGCAGCAACAUCUUCUUCAUCCACUCCAACCUCUACAGCACCCAACGCAACGGCUGUUGAUGCACCCUCACCAUCAUCUCCAGCACCACCUGCAGCUGCUGGUGAUUCUUCAGUCUUAUUUGAAGCAGAGGAAAUGGCUACCAUUGCAGCACCCGCAUCAGAAGAAAAGGCCAAAACAGCAACUACUACCACUACCACUACUACCACUACCACUACGGCUACGUCGGCUGAUGUUGAUGAUGCCAAACGUGACUAA